ACAUUCUGCAUGUAAAAUAUCAAUAUUUACCCUUCAAGUAACAAACAUUUUUUUCACAUACAGGUUAAUAUCCAGAUAGACCAAUCCAAGAUAUCAACAUGGAUAAAUUCCGUAUGAUGGCCCAGAUUCUCCAGUCCAACCAAGAGUCUUUUAUGAAUGGCAUUUGUGGUGUCAUGGCACUGGCGAGUGCUCAGCUCUACACGUCUUUUGAAUUCAACUGUCCCUGUAUCCCUGAAUACAACUACUCAUACGGUAUCAGUAUGCUAGUUAUUCCACCUAUAUGGUUCUUUCUUUUGGGUUUUGUACUAAACAACAAUAUCUCGAUGCUGGCGGAGGAGUGGAAACGGCCGGUGGGACUGAGGAGGAAGGACCCUGCAGUAAUUCGGUACAUGUGUGUGUCCAUAUCCCAGCGUUCGCUCAUCGCACCAGCCGUUUGGAUAUCAGUGACUCUGAUGGAUGGUAAAAGCUUCCUGUGUGCCUACAGUAUGGACCUGGACAUGACGGAAUUUGGCAAGAAUGUAAGUGGACAUGGAUUGUCUCAGGAGCAACUCUUACGAACACUGGCCAAAAUACCAUGCAAGCAUAUAUAUGAUGGCCAGCACAUCCUAUCGAGAGAGGCCGCCACCAGAUACAUAUGCUGUAUUUCACAGGCUUUUGGAUGGUUAUUCUUGAUGAUCAUCACAAUCGCUGCAUUUCUGAUCAGAGCCAUUCGUCCCUGCUUCACUCAGGCCGCCUUUCUCAAAACCAAAUACUGGUCCCACUACGUAGACACAGAGCGCAAGAUGUUUGAUGAGACUUGCACAGAACAUGCUAAAACUUUUGCCAAGAUCUGCAUCAAGCAGUACUUUGAGGAUGUUAGCGGUGAGAUUCAAAGCUUUCAUGAUCAUUCAUGUGGAGAUGAUAGCGACGAUGAGGACGAUAAACCUCAUACAGAAGAAGACAAACUGAUGGGCGUUCGGCGUCAAGACACCAUGAAUAAGGUGCUGUGGGACUGGCACACGUGCAAACCUCCGCUGAGUCUGAGAAAGUAUGGAGAUGCUAGCACUGAACAAAAUGGCGAUUGUAGCAUGAAUGCUAAUAAAAAUCAAGACCAAAAUAUCUGUGAUAAAACUAACCUUAUUGAAGGACAAAAUGGCUUCAAAUGCGGUUAUGUGAAUCCUGGCCUUGAUAUCGGCCAAAGCAAUUUAGACAAGGGAUAUGAGAAUGCUAGCUUUAGCAUAGAACAAAAUGGUUUUAUGAAUAUACGUAGCAAUGCUAGCACACGCUUUAAUGGAUUGAUGAAUGGUGGUGUUUCUUCUCCACGCAAUCCUCAAAGAAAAACAUGGGCAGUGUAUUAUAGCAAGGUCUGA